AUGUCAACCGAACUCAAAAAAGUCAUAAAACCGAAAGACAUGGAAGGUACGCAAAUUAGACAUACAAGAACGGCUAUAGUACUAACCUCACAAACUAAGGAAAAACAAAACGAAAUAUUAAGACGGACACAACAAUCAACAACACUAGACAUAAAGGACGGUACCAGACAAAACGAACCGACAGCAAUACUUACGGGACUACGCAAGGAAAUGACAAUGGACGAACUGACAGACGCAUUAAAAAUGGAAAACGACGACCUUAACGAAAAUUUCGGGGACAGACUCAAACUACUUACAGUCGUAUCGACCCGGCCUUGCCGCAACCCUUACAAAGAGAACGUUUACAUACGGGGACCAAAGGACAUUAUUAAACACCUCUUAAAAUCAGGGAAAGUAUACGUAGACUUCCAGACUAUAUUCAUCAAUGAGGCUACGCAAAUCGCACUUUGUUUUAGAUGCUGUCGAUAUGGACAUGUAUCUAAAUACUGUAGAGAGACGACACCGACAUGUUACCGGUGUGGAGAUGGACAUGACAGAAAUACCUGUAACAAAGACAUUUAUAAUUGUAUUAACUGCGAGAGACUAAGACUGACACCACGCGGACAUCAAGCUAGAGACGCUAAUUGCCCUAUAUACAACAAGAAAAUGGACGAGGCUCGGGCUCAGACAUCUUACAACUAG